AUGGUGUCAAAUUGUUUCAAAAUUUUCACACUUCAAGAGACAACUGAAUUUGUGCAAGCUGACGAUGAUUCUGGCUCUGAACCUGAAUUAUCUAACGAUGAUUUUGAGCAUGAUGUGACUGAAAAAAAUCAAAGUGAUGUAACCAGCCAGUCUAGUCAUGGUGAUGUUACCAGCCAGUCUAGUCAAGAUGAUGUAACCAGUCACUCUAGUCAUGGUGAUGUAACCAGCCAGUCUAGUCAUGGUGAGGUAACCAGCCAGUCUAGUCAUGGUGAUGUUACCAGCCGGUCUAGUCAUGGUGAGGUAACCAGCCAGUCUAGUAACAGUGAUGUAACCAGGCAGUCUAGUCAUGGUGAUGUUACCAGCCAGUCUAGUCAUGGUGAUGUAACCUGCCACUCUAGUCAUGGUGAUGUAACCAGCCAGUCUAGUCAUGGUGAUGUUACCAGCCAGUCUAGUCAUGGUGAUGUUACCAGCCAGUCUAGUCAAGGUGAUGUAACCAGCCAGUCUAGUCAUGGUGAGGUACCAGCCAGUCUAGUCAUGGUGAUCCAGUCUAGUCAAGGUGAUGUAACCAGCCAGUCUAGUCAAGGUGAUGUAACCACUCACUCUAGUCAUGGUGAUGUAACCAGCCAGUCUAGUAAUGGUGAUGUUACCAGUCACUCUAGUCAUGGUGAUAUUACCAGCCAGUCUAGUCAAGGUAAUGUUACCAGCCAAUCUAGUCAAGGUGAUAUUACCAGCCAGUCUAGUCAAGGUAAUGUUACCAGCCAAUCUAGUCAAGGUGAUGUUACCAGCCAGUCUCGUCAAGGUGAUGAUACCAGCCAGUCUCUUCAUGGUGAUGUUACCAGCUACCAGUCUAGUCAAGGUGAUGUUACCAGCCAGCCUAGUCAUGGUGAUGUUACCAGCCAGCCUAGUCAUGGUGAUGUUACCAGCCAGCCUAGUCAUGGUGAUGUUACCAACCAGUCUAGUCAUGGUGAUGUUACCAGCCAGUCUAGUCAUGGUGAUGUUACCAGCCAGUCUAGUCAUGGUGAUGUUACCAGCCAGUCCAAUCAAGGUGAUGUAACCAACCAGUCUAGUAAUGGUGAUUCUGGUCAUGGCAAUGUAACCAGCCAGUCUAGUCAUGGUGAUGUAACCAGUCAGUCUAGUAAUGGUAAUGUAACCAGCCAGUCUAGUAAUGGUGAUGUAACCAGCCAGUCUAGUCAUGGUGAUGUUAUGAACCAGUCCAAUCAAGAUAACAGAACCAGCCAAUCUAGUAAUGGUGAUGUAACCAACCAGUAUGAUCAUGGGCUAAAAGUAAGUAGUGGAUUUAAUUGUAAUGAGCCUAUUCUAUUAAGCAACAGAUUUCAACCCUUGACUUCUGCAGAUAAGGAACUAAUGGAGGGAAGGAAAACAAAAGGGUCAGAGAAGGAUGUGGACGAUAAACUUGAGGAGGUUAUGGUUAUAGGUGAUUCCUUGACAGGGCAUGUGGAUAGUCAGUCUAAACCAUUAGAGUCCUUUGACUUUGAGAAAACUUUCAAAGUCUGGACUGCUACUAAGGACAGAAAAGGUUAUGCAGCUAUGAAGAAGGCCAGUCUGACUGAGCAACAGAGUAGCAAAGAGGGAAGCUCAGCCCCUGAAUCUCAUAAGCAUCCACAGUCAUCCAUGGACAAAGUACUGGACAGAUUGCAGGAAAAGUGUGACUCUCCAAUGUAUCUCUUUUUCGCUACAGGCUUUCAAACAUAA